AUGGACCAAUAUCCCGCAGUCGUUCCCAACGCAGAGGAGGGCGUUCUCGCCGACAGGAUGAGAAUGGACUCCUUCAGGCUAGGCAAGGCUCCCCCAUCCAUGAAUAACCACGGCCCGAGGCCCAGCCACGCGCGUUCUCACUCUCGCAAUACUUCCGUAUCUGUUCCUGUAGUUACCCCCACUCCGCCCAAUACAGCUUCUUCGGUGACGACAAUCGACGAGUUUCCAUCGUCAUCUUCCCGCUCCUCCCUCGGCGCGUCCAAGCGCAACUCACACCAUCGUCGUCGCUCUUCUGUCUCCACUCGUCGUGAGUCCGCAGAUAUGAUGGGCGUCUCUUUACCCAGCGUCCCUCCGUCUUCGUCGGACGAUAACAUCAACCUGGGUGACAAAGACUCCCUCCGUCGUCGUGCUCUGUGGACACUGGAAGGCAAAACGGACGUUGGCUCGUUCUCCAAGGUUGAGAUCCCUGAGUUUGAUGCGGUCGAGGCAGCAUCUGCGCCCAAGCGGCCAUUUGAGUUCCCGAGCAAGCCUUCAUUCCCGCCUGGCAUCGGCAGCAAGCGAGACUCACUGAGCAAGUUCAUGGCAUCUGUAUCAUCAAAGGACCAAUUGCACACCCUCCUGGAAGAGGAGGAGGAGGAGGACAAUAUGCAGACGCUGGACCCAGUGGAGGUCAUGAUCACUUCACACUCACCUGCUCCUUCACGGCGUCGACCUGCGACCUUGAAUUUGCGGCCAUUGUCACUCGUAUCUGCAAGUGUUAUCCAAGCAACAAACAACGACCUUCCCACUCCUGUUUUGACGCCUAGCCCCAGUGCACGGCCCGGCUUGCGAUCUCUUACGCUGGGUAAUACAGCGAACAGGCGGCAAUCGCUUAUCACCACACCAUCUCCUUCGCCGCUGUCUAGUACCUCGGCGCACCGACCAUCCUUGAACCUGGAGCAACAGACACCGCCUCAACAACAGUCCUUUCUGUCACGCCGCAGUAGCAUUUCCUACGUAUGCUCGGCGGACACCCCUCCGCAGUCCGUGAUUGGGCUGCCCACGCCGGAGAUGACCCCGACCACAGAGCGCACGGCAAUUGAGCCACUUGACCAAGCCCUUCCAAACCCGUCCCGGCCACUUUCGACGAGCGAACAGUUUUUUCUUUUUCAAGCGCAUGCCACGCUUGUACAACGCAUCACGGAUCUCGAGCGCGCUUUGUCCUCGCGUUCCAGCCGCUCAUGGUCGCGCCCUGCCUCUGGCGCAUCUGACGCUUCCGCCAUGUCUGCAGUAUCUGCGUUGAGCGAACCGAGCGAUGAGAUGUUGCAACUCAUUGCCGAUCUCAAGGCUGAACGGGAUGAGCUCAAGAGAGACGUGGACGGGUGGCGCGUACGUGUGGGCGACCUAGAACACCAGGUUGAUAUCCUUGCCAAGCGUGUUGAUGGCGAACGACGUGAAGCUUGGGUCGCGCGGCAACGCGUUGGUCUGUUGGAGGUGGAAAAGAGCACGCUGGAAAAUGCGCUCAGUGAGAAGGCUGAUGAGGUCAAGGACUUCCAAGUUAAGCUCGAGCGGGCGCGUGCUGACGCCGAAAGUACCGGAGAGGAGUGCACAAGGCUCAAGGCCGAAGUCGAGAAGAUGCAAAGUGUGCAAGAGGAAUGUGCGAGGCUUAAGGCGUUGCUAGAGGCAGAGACCGAGAAGAAUCAGAAGCUUGAACAUGAUCUAGAGCAUGCUGGGCUUUUGGAUACACCCCGUGCAUUUGACGUCGACUUCAACCAAAAAUCGGCGACGAUAUCAAGGACGAUGAUGUUCGCUAAGGCUCGGGGCCUCGGUUUCCAGUCUAUCGAUUCAGAGAGCUCGUUCACCGACGUGGAAUCCGUGGAUAGCCCGAGAGACAAGCACGAGUUUGGGCUUAAGGCAGUCGCAGAGGAGGAUGAAGAGACUUUGUCCAACUUCUCUGAGGAAGACGAGUUAGCUAGAUUUGAAGAUGAAGAAGAAGGCGACGCAGACAUAUUCCCUUCCAUGUCCGGCUCAUCGAUUAGUUCUGAAGGCGAUCGGAUUCGUACUCCCUCGGUUCGUGCGGAACAGCCAGCGCCUCCGUUGACUCGCUCGGGCACCUCGUCUCCAACCCCACUACCCUCUCCCGUAGAUAAGAUUUCUCAUGCACGUAGGGCAUCGUUGUCGAAGGCCUGGACUUUCCCUGCUGGCGGCGAGCCGAGUGAACUCUCUGGGCGACUUGAAGAUAUCGAUCACUUCUUCGACUGCUUGGAGGGCAUCGACAAUUCUCCGCCGACACAUUCCAGGCUGCGCUCUCUUGAGAGCAGCAAGAACUUGUUCGCUCAGGGCUUCGCUGAUGAUGAUGAUGAUGAGCUCCCGCCGUUUGUUCUCCCGGCUGAUGUUGGUAUUGAGGUGGCAUCUCCUGAGAUGGGGAAAGAGCCUAAACAUGUCCUUGAUGUGGUUGCUGAGGAGGAAGAAGAAGAUGAUGAUGAUGAUGACAAUGGUAUUUUGGAUCCUGCGGAGGAAUUUGUCGGCGAAGUCGAUGAGGGCGGGAUCAAGUUUACGUUCACCAUUCCGCCUGAAUACCAGGACAACAUUGGGUUGAGCGACAGCACACAAACUCCCCGGAAGAAACUUUCGCCUCCAGCUUUUGAGCCCGUCGAUGAUGAGGAAGACAGUUCGUUUACAUUCCCCCAGUCUCGACCAGAGCCGAGCACCCCAUCGCCUUCGUCUAUCCCCCGGCGCUCUCCCGCACGGAAGCCAGUUCCUAGUCUCGCUUCCACUCCCACCAAGGCUUCACCGGCUCUUGCGCCUCGCAACACAAACAUUCCUUCCGCCUACAUGACGCCUCCCACCAAGCGCGGAGGUACUUCCCCUACCCUUAUUCCUCAACUUCAUGGCUCUUCGCUCAAGUCUCCUAGCCCUCCCAACGUCAAGGGCACCUCAUUCAUCCCGCAACCUCGGCGCGUGACAUCGCCGGCAGCGUGCAAGCCUUCCGCUAUCCCCGUCAUGAGCCCCAUUACCAACACAUCGAGAUCUUCCUCUAGGUCCCCCCGCGCCGUCACACCAACCCUUCCUCAUUCGCCUUCGUCAAUGAACUCUGACGUCUCCCCCGUUUCUGCAGGUGGCUUUUCUGCAUUUUCUGACUCUGCCCAGUCCUCCGCCCCUCCCACUUCACCUACGCCCAUGUCUCCCACGCUUGCUGCGCGACUUUCAUUCCAAACUUUGACGAACUUCAUGCCAUCUCUUCCUUGGUCGCCACGAUCAAAAGCAUCUGCUACGGCCGCUGCUGCCGCUGCUCUGUGUUUCAUUCCAGAGAGCUCCAGUAAUUCAAGUUCCGUAAGCGAUGCCUCCGUUCAUGAUCACAUGAGGUCAACCUCCUCAUUUGUGAACCCUCCUGCUCCCCGGCUAGUGGACGUUCGGCCGACAGAAAGGACUUACGUUCAGCGCGAGAAGCAGCUGGAGAAAUUGAAGAUACGCAUGGAAGAAGAAAAUAGGUCAAAACGCCGAGGUGUUCCCUCAGUCAAUACCGGAAGGCCUUAG